GUGUUCUCUGUGCUGCUGGCGCUCCGCGUAGAUGGCCUGGCCCCUGGCCUCUCCUGGUGGAAUGUGUUCGUGCCCUUCUUCGCGGCGGAUGGGCUCAGCACCUACUUCACCACCAUCGUGUCGGUGCGCCUCUUCCAAGAUGGGGAGAAGCGGCUGGCUGUGCUGCGUCUCUUCUGGGUCCUCACGGUGCUUAGCCUCAAGUUCGUUUUUGAGAUGCUGCUGUGCCAGAAGCUGGUAGAGCACACUCGAGAGCUCUGGUUUGGCCUGAUCACGUCCCCGGUCUUCAUUCUUCUGCAGCUGCUCAUGAUCCGUGCCUGUCGGGUCAACUAGCCUCGGGCAGCAACCAGGCACCAAGCGCUGCACCGCUGGAGUGCUC